AUGGCACUUAUGCCACGGCACCUCCUGCCAUGCUUCCUGCUAGCCCAUCACUUCAUCGCGGCGACGGCGUGCCAGGAGGCGGAUUACGGCUGGAUGAUCCGGCACUACUGCCUGAAGCAGUUCCAGCUCAGCAUGGAGGGCAUUGGGCAGCGGCUCUGGUGUGACUGGGAUGAGACCGUGGGCACCUACGGGGAGCUGACAAACUGCACGGCGCUGAUCGCCGAGAGGCUCGACUGCUACUGGCCCAACCGGCUAGUGGAUGAGUUCUUCGUGGCCGUCCACAAGCAGUACUUCAGGAACUGCUCGCCCUCCGGCCGGGCGCUGCACGACCCUCCCAACGGCAUCCUCUGCCCCUUCAUCGUGCUGCCCGUCCUCGUCACCCUGCUGAUGACCGCGCUGGUGGUGUGGAGGA